AUGGGUAUAGCUAUGGAACUCUUCUAUUUCAACCUUCAUGCUCCUGAUCUCGAGAAAAGCAAGGUCUUUUAUAAAGAGGUGCUUGGAUGGGAGAUUGGCGGAGGAAGCCUAGGCGGACAUGUGAACAAUACGAACACACCUUGCGGCGUUGGGCCAGGCAGCACAACCAAUACAGUUUAUUUCACGACGGAUAAUCUCAAAGCGUCCAUGGCAAAAGUGGAGGCUGAAUGCGGGAAAAUUCUAUCUCGGGAAUUCUAUGAAGGGAUCGGACCUGCUGCUUUUUGCCAGGAUAAUCAAGGUACCAGGUUUGCUUUGCAAGAACCUGGAACACCUGAGAUGAAGAAACAUGCUGCCGAUGUCAAGAAAGGCAGGAAACAUGGCGAUUUGUUCUUCUUCUCUCUCCCUAUCAAAGAUGAAGCAAAAGCCAGAAUUUUCUACGCGGUGGUACUUGGAUGGACUUUUGGCGAAAAGGGGAAAGGAGGAGGAUUGGGAGUUGAAAAUUUGAAAGGUCCUGAUGGUGGAUUGGGAUGUGGACGCGAAGGCCACCAUCCAUCCCUUUGGUUUCGUGUUGAGAAUAUCAUGGACGCAGUAGAGAGAGUCAAGGGGGCAGGUGGAAGUGCUGGUGAUAUUUUUGACGCCCCGGAAGGAGACAUGUGUGAAGUAGUCGAUGAUCAGGGUGUGAAAUUUGGUAUUGUCCAACCGGCAUCGGGAUACUAA